CUCUCUCUCUCAUACCCUGAGUUCUUGGUUAUGUGUGAUGAACUUUCUCCGUUCCUGCUUUGCUUCUCUUGCAGUCGAUACUAAUAAAGUGAACCCACACUUCUGUUUUCAUAUCAGCAAAACAUGGACCAACCAAAUGUCAAAAUCGAGAAGUCUAUUUGCUAAGUCUCACUUCAUAAGUGCCCUCGCAGUGUUCGACGAUUAUUCCCAAAGACACAUUCUUAUUCGAAAUUUAAAUUCUGGUUCGUAUAACACUAUUUCGCAUGGAGAAUUCACAGAACCUGAGGCUCCAUCUGAAUCCCAUGUUGGGCUUACCCCCAAACAUGUUAUUUCUUGGACGGCUACUAUUUCUAGCUUCGCAAGGAGUAAUCGCCCAGAAAAUGCUAUUGAGAUGUUUAAACUAAUGCUUGUAAACGAUCAGAAGCCGAACUACGUGACGCUCCUGAGCGUAAUUCGUGCUGUCGGUUCAAUGGGUUGGGAAGAAAUGAUUCGGGGAAUUCACGGCUUCGUGAUCAAACAUGGGUUUGGCUCUGAAGUUUCUCUUGUGACGGCCCUUGUGGGUCUCUAUUCUGUCCAUGAUAUGAAGAUCGUGUGGCAACUGUUUGACGGGACACCCACGAAGGAUUUGGUUCUCUGGAGUGCAAUGAUUGCAGCAUGCUCGAAGAAUGGCCAAUCUGUUGAAGCCCUUGAGAUUUUCAGACAAAUGCAAUAUGAAGGUGAAGACCCUAAUCACAUAAGCAUUGUCAGUGUUCUACCUGCUUGUGCCGAUCUUGGUGCUCUGUCAUUGGGUAAACAGAUACAUGGAUACUCCAUAAAGAGAGAAUUAUCGUUGUUCACCAAUGUUCAGAACUCACUUGUGGAUAUGUACGCGAAAUGUGGGAAACUAAAGGUUUCAAUUUUGCUUUUCAAUGGGAUUGUGAAUAAGGAUAUAGUAUCUUGGAACACCAUGAUUUGCAGGUGUUUAGGAAACGGUUUUCCUGGGAAAGCAUUAGAUUUAUUUUCAAACAUGCGAUCUUCUUGCUUGGAACCAGAUGAAACCGCCAUUAGGAAUGCAUUAGGAGCUUGCUCACAAUUGGGUGAAUUUGAGUAUGGGCUGGGAUUGCAUUGUUAUGUGAUAAAGGAUGGGUUUUUGCCUCUUGUUCCUAUUGGGACUGCUCUUCUGAGAAUGUAUGCCAAGUUUGGCGAUGUCGACUCAGCAGAGACUCUGUUUGCCAACCUCCAUGAAAAAGAUCUUAUUGCCUGGAGUGCCAUGAUCUCCGUAUAUGCUCAAGCUGGGUAUCCAUAUGAUGCACUGGACACAUUCAAACAGAUGCAAUUAGUAAAUGUGAAGCCUAAUGAAGUCACUUUGGUUAGUUUGUUACAAGCGUGCUCUUCAAUGGGAGCUCAAGAACAUGGGAAGAGUGUACAUGCCUGCACUGUUAGGCUUGGGUACUCAUCCAAUCUAUAUAUAACAUCGGCUUUGAUUGAUUUUUACUGCAAACUUGGGAGGCUAAACCAAGGAAAAGCCUUGUUUGAUAAACUUCCAAUCAAAGAUCUUAUAUGCUGGAGUUCAAUGAUAAAUGGGUAUGGGGUGAAUGGGUGUGGUAAAGAGGCCCUUGAGACUUUCUCUGAUAUGUUGGAGUGUGGGACAAAGCCGAAUGACAUUGUUUUUGUUUCAGUUUUAUCAGCAUGUAGUCACUGUGGUUUGGAAGAUGAAGCUUGGAAUUGGUUUUAUAGCAUGGAAGAAAAGUAUGGUGUUGUUCCUACUGUUGCACACUAUGCUUGCAUGGUAGAUUUGCUUAGUCGUCGAGGACGAAUUGAAGAAGCUCUUGGAUUUAUUAAGGAGAUGCCAAUGCAACCCAACGCAAGUGUUUGGGGAGCCCUGCUCACUGGUUGCAGAUUGUCACAGAGCCCUAUUGAGGUUAUAGAAUUUGCAGCCAAACAUCUUCUGAACUUGGAUGCACUAAAUACAAGCUAUCUUGUGAUCUUGUCAAACCUGUAUGCUGAGCAUGGUCGGUGGAGAGAUGUGGAGAGGCUUAGGAGGUUGGUGAAGGAGAAGGGAUUGAGGAAGACUGGGGGAUAUAGCCUGGUUGAAGCAAAUUAAUCAGUAAAGUAGAAAGUGUAUUCACUGUAGACUAUUUUUUUUUUUCUUUUUCAAGAUAACAAAUUAUUUUUCUGAAAGGCAAAAGGCUUAUAUAUUUUGCUCA